AUGACUAUUGGAAUGGUUGAUGAGAAUGCACCUUUGUUACCUAAGACUCAAGAAAGUGAUGUUAAGUUGGAUGAUUUUAGUGGAGCUUCAUUUUCUAGUGCUGUUUUUAAUUUGUCAACCACAAUUAUUGGUGCUGGAAUCAUGAGUUUGCCUGCUUGUGUUAAAAAAUUGGGAAUGGUACCUGGUCUUAUAGCCAUAAUCCUCUCAUCAUUAUAUACAGAAAAGUCUAUUGAUUUCAUCAUCAGAUUUUCAAGAGCAGGGAAUGUUUCUUCCUAUGGAAGUCUCAUGGGAGAUAGCUUUGGAAAAUAUGGAAAAGCUUUGGUCCAGAUGUGUAUUACAGUUAAUAAUAUUGGUUUUCUGAUUAUUUACAUGAUUAUUAUUGGUGAUAUAAUUUCUGGAACAUCUUCAAGUGGAGUACACCAUUAUGGUAUUCUUGAAGGAUGGUUCGGCGUUCAUUGGUGGACCGGACGUACAUCUGUUCUCGCUUUUACAACACUUGCCGUCGUUGUACCUUUGACGAGCUUUAAAAGAAUUGAUUCUUUGAGAUACACAUCUGCAGUAUCAAUUGGACUAGCAGGUGUUUUUCUUGUAAUUGUUGCAGGAAUCUCAAUUGUGAAGAUCAUAAAUGGAGACACAAUAAUUCCAAGACUCUUCCCAAUCAUUACUGAUGCAGCAUCAGUUUUCGAAUUGUUCACCACAUUUCCUGUACUUACAACUGCCUAUAUUUGCCACACUGUUGUUCACAGCAUAAAUAAUGAACUAAAGGAUUCAAAACAGAUGCAAGGAGUUGUGAGGACUUCCAUUGUUCUAUGCUCCUCAGUGUACAUACUCACAAGCUUCUUUGGAUUCCUUCUCUUUGGCGAAGAAAUUUUCGAUGAUGUUCUUGCCAAUUUCGAUACCGAUCUUGAAAUACCGUUCAGUCUUAUUCUCAAUGACGUUGUUCGGGCAAGCUAUGCCGCGCAUCUUGUGCUUAUAUUUCCAGUAGUCUUCUACGCAGUUCGGAUCAACAUCGAUGGACUCUUGUUUUCUUCAUCAUCAACAAGACCUUUGGUAGAUGGUAACUUUAGAUUUUUCUCUAUUACUUUUUCCCUCGUUGGUAUGAUAUUUUUGGGAGCAAACUUCAUACCUAGCAUUUGGGUUAUUUUCCAAUUCAUGGGAGCAACCACUGCUGUUAGUGUAGGAUUCAUAUUUCCAGCUGCAAUCACUCUCAGGGAUAAACACAACAUAGCAACAAAGUCAGACAAGAUUUUAUCAGUUUUUAUGAUUGUCCUUUCAGUAUUGUCAAGCGUUGUGGCUAUAUACAGUAAUGCCUAUGCCUUGAUCAACAAGAAUAAAGUUUAA